ACUCUGUUUGUGGAUGAGUACAGUGACUGGGGGGGGGCAUCCUUCGGAGGCGGUCCCCAGGCUGCUCUUGUGGGUCCCACUUCAUCCAGCCCUCUGGCUUUUGUCCCCCACAGUGACCGAUUAGCACUGCUCCAGGUCCGGGCCAUCCUCCAGCAGCUGGGUCUGAAUAGCACCUGCGAUGACAGUAUCCUCGUCAAGACCGUGUGCGGGGUGGUGUCCAGGAGGGCCGCGCAGCUGUGUGGCGCAGGCAUGGCUGCGGUGGUGGAUAAGAUCCGAGAGAACAGAGGACUGGACCGUCUGAACGUGACUGUGGGAGUGGACGGGACGCUCUACAAGCUUCAUCCGCACUUCUCCAGAAUCAUGCACCAGACAGUGAAGGAACUAUCACCAAAAUGUAACGUGUCCUUCCUCCUGUCUGAGGAUGGCAGCGGCAAGGGAGCCGCCCUCAUCACGGCCGUGGGCGUGCGGUUACGCACAGAGGCAAGCAGCUAAGAGCCCGGGAUCCCCAGCCUGCUGCCUCUCCAGCACUUCUCUCUUCGAGCGGCGACCCCCUACCCUUCCAGCGAGUUGUGCUGGGAGACGCCGAUGCCGGGGCCCGCCGGCGCGGGGAGGAAAGCAAAAUCCAACUAAUGGUGUAUAUUGUAGGGUACAGAAUAGAGCGUGUGCUGUUGAUAAUAUCUCUCACCCGGAUCCCUCCACACCUGCCCUGCCACUCUGCAUGGUUUGAUUUCGACCUGGUCCCCCACGUGUGAAGUGUAGUGGCAUCCAUUUCUAACGUAUGCAUUCAUCCAACAGUUAUUUAUUGACUGGAGAUGGAAAGUCACACCACCUGAUGGGCCUUCUGGGCCUCCAAAGCCCAUCCUUGGGGUUCCCCCUCCCCGUGUGAAAUGUAUUAUCACCAGCAGACACUGCCAGGCCUCCCUCCUGGGGGCACUGCCUGAAGGCGAGUGUGGGCAUAGCAUUAGCUGCUUCCUCCCCUCCUGGCACCUAUAUGGCCUGGCAUCGCAUCGUGGUGUGUCAAUGCCACAAAGUCGUGUGUCCGUGGAACCAGUCCUAGCCACGUGUGACAGUCUUGCAUUCUGUUUGUCUCGUGGGGGGAGGUGGACAGUCCUGCGGAAAUGUGUCUUGUCUCCAUUUGGGUAAAAGGAACCAACCAACAAACAAUGCCAUCACUGGAAUUUCCCACCGCUUUGUGAGCCAUGUCGUAUGACCUAGUAAACUUUGUACCGAUUCAAA